CGUCUCCUCUGGCCACAUCUUCGAGCUUGGGUUCUUCACACCGAAUGGGUCAGAAAAUCAGUAUGUUGGCAUAUGGUACAAGAACUUGUCGCCUUCUAAAAUCGUGUGGGUGGCCAAUAGGGUUUCGCCGCUCGUGUACACUGAUCAGGCGGCGAAACUGACGAUAGGUGGUGAUGGGAAUUUGAAGCUCAUGGAUGGACAGCUGAACAUAGUAUGGUCUCUCAAUGUCUCUCUUUUAACCAAGAAUAUAUCAGCGACCCUAUUAGAUAAUGGAAAUUUUGUUAUACAAGAUGCAAAUUAUAGUGAAAUAUGGGGAAGCUUCUAUGAUCCGACGGACACUCUUCUUCCACUCUUCUUCCGAGCAUGACGAUAGGAGCAAAUAUCAGGACUGGAUCGAUACAGUAUUUGAUUUCCUGGAGAAGCGAUAGUGAUCCAUCCCUUGGAAGUUUCUCAAGUGGAAUGACAGCGGAGACACUGGCUCAACCUUUCACUUGGAGAGAUUCGACCCCUUACUGGCGAGGUGGGCAAUGGGACAAAUCGAAAUUUAUCGGCAUACCAGGAAUGGACCAAUCUUACUUCAGUGGGUUCAAUGUCCAGCAAGAUAUUAAAGAUGGGAUCACUUACUUCUCGUACGAUACCUACAAGAACCCGUUCUUUGCAUACAUAUUUAUUUCGCCUGGAGGAUCUCUUAAGUUUAUGUAUUGGGAUGAUGGAGCUAAGGCGUGGAUGACGUAUUGGGCGGGACCGAACAAUACUUGCGAGAUUUAUGGAACUUGUGGUCCAUUUGGAGUUUGUAACUCGUUGAAGUCGGCUAUUUGCAGAUGCUUAGAUGGGUUUGUGCCAACGUCAAAAGAUGAAUGGCACAGAGGAAAUUGGUCCGGAGGAUGCGUGAGAAAGACAGAAUUGAAUUGCCAGAAAAACACAAGCAGAUCGGCUCCAACAAACGUGAAGAAAGAUGCGUUUAGGAAAAUGAGCCGGAUGAAACUACCUGACUCUGGGGACUAUUUAUCAGACAUUAAAGAUCAAGACGGAUGUUUAAGCUGGUGCCUAAACAAUUGUUCUUGCUUGGCUUAUUCUCAUGUCAGCACUAUCGGGUGUAUGGUUUGGACUGAAGACCUCAUCGAUCUUCAGCAAUUUUCCACAGCUGGGGAAGAUGUAUUUGUCCGAGUUGCACAUGUAAAAACAGGAAGAUCAACACAGAAAGUUACCAUCAGGCUGACUAUUAUUGUAGGGAUCAUGCUCUUGGCAUUAUUUGUUUUUGGUCCUUGUAAAUGGAGAGCUAAGAAAAGAGGAAACUUGAACAAAGAUCCAAGGCUCCUUGAUUCGGUAGAUACACCUAAAAAUUCGGCCGAACUGGUACAAGGAAAUGCAUGGAAAGAGCAGUUGGAGCAAGAUGAUUCGCUGCAUUUGACCCUUUACAGUUUUGGUAGCAUAAUACUUGCUACAAACAAGUUUAGCACGACAAGUAAACUCGGGCAAGGAGGGUUUGGCUCUGUUUAUAAGGGGAAGCUGAAAGGGAAAGAGGUAGCUGUGAAAAGACUUUCCAGUACCUUGGCCCAAGGCGUUGAAGAGUUCAAGAAUGAGAUCGUCCUUAUGUGGAGACUCCAACAUCGAAAUCUUGUUAAACUCAUGGGUUACUGCGUUGAAGGAGAAGAAAAGAUAUUGGUAUACGUGUAUUUGUCGAACAAAAGCUUGAACACCUUUCUUUUCGAUUCAAGAAAGAAAGCAGAACUCGACUGGGGCAAACGAUUUCAAAUGAUUCAGGGGACCGCAAGGGGGCUUCUCUACCUCCAUCGAGAUUCUUUCCUGAGGGUCAUACAUUGAGACUUAAAAGUGAGCAAUAUUCUCUUGGAUGAAAAGAUGAACCCAAAAAUUUCGGAUUUUGGGCUGGCACGGAUGUUUGAGGGCACUCAGGUUUUGGUGAACACCCAGAAAAUUGUUGGAACACUUGGCUAUAUGUCUCCUGAGUAUGCCAUGGGUGGGAUUUUCUCCGAAAGGUCCGAUGUCUAUAGCUUUGGAGUGUUGCUACUGGAGAUUGUCAGCGGCAAAAAGAACACAGCCCUCUAUGACCAAGGCCCACAUCUGAAUCUCCUUUCCCUCGCAUGGCAAUUAUGGAGUGAUGGAAAAGCAUUUGACUUGACAGAUGAAGCAAUUGCUGUUAGCUCUCCAUGGGAGGUAAUAAGAUGCAUCCACGUUGGGCUUCUCUGUGUUCAGGACCAUCCCACACAUAUGCCAGACAUGUCGAAUGUGGUUCUGAUGUUAAGUGGCGAGUCAGAUCUUCCUCAGCCGAGACAGCCUAUAUUCACUUUCCAAGCCGAAUGCCAGAUCGUUCUAUUCCAUCACAGGAAGAAAGCAUCUGGUCUGUUAACAGUCACUGAUACAUUGGUCGAAGGAAGAUGA